GGACGACGACUUCCUGAUCGCGCGUCUGGUCGAUCGUCCGGACGACCAACCCAAUCCGCGAUUAAUUUCCCGAACGUCUGUUCUCCAUGUCAUCGCGCGGAAUCACCGGCAAAACGGUGACCGCUCACAGUGUGCGGUGUGACUACUUUUCCGCUCAUCGAUCGCAACUCGUGGAACGUGCAUCGGCAGCCUGUCGCGCGCAGACGACGCGCCGUGCGCUCGCGGAGGAUCAUGGCGAUCAGUGAUUGACCCGAAGGAGACAAGAGAAGAAGAAACAAUCAAGUGCGAACGACGGUCGAAGGAAGAGAAGCUAAAAGAGCUCUUCCUUCGCGAAAGCAGUGACAAUCGCGAUCGCGGUAAGUGCCGGCCGUAUCUCGUGUCGUCGGUGUAGUCGCACGUCAUUGUUCGAAUCAAGUGAAAAACCAUUGCGUGUCGAAUCUUCAUUUCGCAUCAAGCUGAUUCAGUCUGGGUCUUCGGGUCUAUCCCUUGUGCGCGAGAAACCCCGCGGCUCUAAAAGACAGCCGCGCGCCUCAUCCGGCACGCGGCUCUAAACACCAGUUAAGAUUUUUCGCUCACUACCGAACUAUGCGUGGUGCGAGAUGGUAUGUUCUCUGACCAGCGGCAAGGCCUGCGCCGACAGCGGAGACGCUUGCCCGGACCCGCCAUCGCGCUCCACGCCGGAGGGCGGCGGACUCGAGAUCGCCGAGAACAUGUCGUCGCUCAGUGACGCGCACCGACGCAACAAUCAUCACCUAGACCAGGGCGACCGCAGCUCGUCCGCGGGCUCCUCGCUGGGUUCGUGUUCACCACCGCCCGCCUCGAGCCAUUCGCCGCCACCUCCGCGGCCACCCUGGCUUCACGAUUUCCCCGCGGCCGCGCCCCACGUUCUGCAGUUCCUCAAUUUAAGCGCAGCUGGCGGCGGCAUGCUCGGCAGCCAGCCGCUGGCAGCGCUGCACUCUAUGGCGGAGAGGAGUCAUCAGCAACAGCAGCAGCAACAGCAGCAACAACAGCAUCAGCAGCAUCAACAGCAGCAGCAGCAGUCGCAUCAACAACAGCAUCAUACGUCGCAUCAGCAGCAACAAGCCGGCAUCCAGCUGUCGCGUAUCACGGUGCCGCCGCUCUCCACCAUUACUCAGGGUCAAUCGUCGCCCACCGGUAGCGGCAAACAUAGCCCGGCGACCUCCAUCACCUCCGUCGGCAGUAACCCUCACGGCAUCGAUACGAUACUCUCGAGACCGACGGCGACGGUCCACCCUCAGACAACGGUUCCGGGGUCGCACGCGGGUCUCCCGCCGGCACCGCAUCCCCAGCACAUGGCCGCGCCACGGUACGCCACCAUGCACGCCGGCUUCACAGCAUCCUCGGGUAUUGGGCAAUUUCAACAAAGAACGGAACCACGACACCCCGCUGUCUAUUGGCCGGGUCUUCAGGGACUAGUCAGCGAUCCUCUCGCAUGGCGAGCAAGAUUACACACAUUGUCGCAACAGCUGGGCUGUCAGCAAGCGAUGACGGGCGCGGGCGGCGGCACCGGGGAACAUGAUGGCGGCAAGAAGAAGCACACGAGGCCUACGUUCAGUGGACAGCAGAUCUUCGCUCUGGAGAAGACCUUCGAGCAGACCAAGUACCUAGCUGGCCCGGAACGCGCCAAAUUAGCGUACGCCCUCGGAAUGUCGGAGUCCCAAGUCAAGGUAUGGUUCCAGAACCGGCGGACAAAGUGGCGGAAGAAGCACGCGGCGGAGAUGGCGACGGCGAAACGACGGCAGGAGGAGGUCGAGGGCGUCGUCGCCGAGGGUGAGGACGGAUGCAGCGACGCGGAAACCGAUGGUGGUAGCGGCAGUGGCGGCGGCGGCGACACCGCCGCGAAGAGGCUGCGAAGGGAGCUCGAGCAGCAGUACAGGCAUUGAGAACCGCCGGUCGGGGCGGCGGGGGUGACCCGGGGACACGCGGGGACGCGAAAAAAGGGAAAAGAGGGUUGCGAGAGGAGAAGGAUAAGGCGUGGCCCGGGGGCGGCGCGUACCCAAGGAUUCCUCGCGGCUUGUUCGGAGAACAACGCGCGUGUCGGCUCGCGGAUGAUCGCGGAACGAGUGAACGGCGGCGCAGAGAAAGAAAGAGAAAGAGAGAGAGAGAGAGAGAGAGAGAGAGAGAGAAAGGGGAGACGUACGUAUAAUAUACGUGAGUGUGUGUCCGCGUGUCUUUCUUCGUGAUUUAGCCGGACGCUUAACGCGGCAUCGCAAGUGAUGUACGGGAUGUCCGGGAAGUCUUUCGCGUCUUCCUCGGGACGAAAGUACGAGAGACGAUUUAAAAAAUUUAAUAGAGAGCGGAGAGAGAUCGCGAGAAUAUUGAUGCUGCGUGAAGUCGAUUCUUGUUGAAUUAUAAGCGGAACAUAAUUAAAAGGUUUAUAAGGAGAUAGAGAGAAGAGGUGUAAUUUCCGGUUAACUACAAGGAUUUUAUACUUGGACUUUGAUUAGAAGUUUUUAAUUAUCCAUUCCCUAGUCUUUCCUAAAGAUUGAUUUUUCAAAAUUAUUAAGGCGGCCGAGAGAAGCGCGAAUUGUAAGAUGCCUGAUUAUCAAAUCUUCGCGUUUCGCGAUAGUGCUGAGUUGUUUGCAAUCAUGCCGUUAUAGUCGAGGAUAGUCUUCUUGAAGUGAAUAGAUCUUUAUGGCGACUGUCGUAAUUUUGACGGAUGCUUCGAUUGACUACGAAAUCGCGAAUAUCGCGCUGAUUUUGUCGAUGGCGGAUUUUGUGAGUGCUCAAGAACUAGCGACUCGGUUUUGAUUAAACGUUAACCAAAGAAUAAUUAUUUAUAUUGAGAUUGAGUGUUA